AUGGGAAUCCCUACAAAUGCUACAGUCGGUGAGGUUUUGAACAUGCGAAGACGAAACAGACAUCGUCGAAGGCUGUAUGAUGAUAUUGAAACAGAGCUUGCAAUUGUUCGCCAAAACAGAGUAACAAGCGAGGAGGACAUGGUCCUUUGGAAGUCUAAGGAAGACAGCUUUCGGCAAAGGUUUGUGUCGAAAGACACAUGGAACUUGAUCAGGAGGGUACGGCCAAGAGUAAACUGGUACAAAGGAGUUUGGUUCUCCCACGCAACUCCUAAAUACUCGUUUCUCGUUUGGUUGGCUUUCAAAAACAGAUUGGCUACAGGGGAUCGUAUCAAGAACUGGAAUGUGAACGCCAACUCAACUUGCGUUUUCUGUAGUGAUCCGAUGGAAACUCGCGAUCACCUUUUCUUCUUGUGUCCCUUCACAGGUAAAAUCUGGGAGAAUCUUGCAAAGGGGCUCUUAAAGGAUCAGUUUGUAUCGGAAUGGGAAGAGAUACAUGACAUCCUCACCAAGCCUCUCUGA